AUGCCAAAUACUUCACGUGUGACCUCUAAAAAGGUCAGCCAGUCUGCGCAAAUUAUGUUCAAGAAACCAAAAUAUCCACCUGAAAUAACUCCCGCGGAGAUAGCAAGAAAACGUAUUAACAAUAUGAGAGAUCCAAAAAGGAUUAAUUCAAGAGGUCCAAAUUGCUUCAUGAUAUACCGUAUGUAUUGCACUUCGAUUAACACCGUGUCACGUGGUAAAAGAAACAGGAUUCAAAUGACCAAAUUAUCCGCAAUGAUUGCAGAAUCCUGGGAAAAUGAGUCUUUGAAGGUUAAAGGACAUUAUCGACAUCUUGCUGAGAUGACCGAAGUAGAGUUAAAAAAGCAUAGGAGAUCCAACGAAAUCCAUGUACUACAGUGUAAACUCUGA